AAGGGGGCGAGGGAGCGAGGGCGCAUCUUCAGAAGCCGGGCCUGGCGGGGAAGGAGUCGGGUGUCGGGCCCGCGGCGCCCCCUCAGCCCUGCUUCUAACACCUGGGCCAACUGUGGGGUUGUUUGACCUCGCCCUGCCUGGCAGCGUCCAGCUGUGGAGGUGGACCGGGCAGGUCCGGAGGAGCCGGUGUCCACCCGGAAGGCCCCGCCGACGUGUGUCCCCACCGCCCCGCACUGCCCGCCCGGCCGCCGCGUGGAAAGGAAUAAUGCUGUCACCAUGUCUGCAAACUCCAUGCUCUGUGAACGAAUAGCCAUAGCCAAGGAACUGAUCAAGAGAGCAGAAUCCCUUUCUAGAUCAAGAAAAGGUGGCAUAGAAGGUGGUGCAAAGCUCUGCAGCAAAUUGAAGGCUGAAUUAAAAUUUUUACAAAAAGUAGAAGCUGGGAAAGUAGCUAUUAAAGAAUCUCAUUUACAGAGCACGAAUCUAACACACUUAAGAGCCAUUGUGGAAUCAGCAGAAAACCUGGAAGAAGUUGUUAGUGUUCUUCAUGUCUUUGGUUACACAGAUACCUUGGGAGAAAAGCAGACCCUUGUGGUGGAUGUAGUUGCAAAUGGUGGUCAUACUUGGGUGAAAGCCAUUGGCCGAAAGGCUGAAGCACUGCAUAACAUUUGGCUGGGCAGGGGCCAGUAUGGUGACAAAAGCAUCAUUGAGCAGGCUGAAGACUUCCUCCAGGCCAGUCACCAGCAGCCAGUGCAAUACAGCAACCCUCACAUUAUCUUUGCGUUUUACAACAGUGUCUCCAGCCCCAUGGCAGAGAAGCUGAAAGAAAUGGGCAUAGCUGUGAGAGGAGACAUAGUGGCAGUUAACUCUCUAUUAGAUCACCCUGAAGAGCUCCAGCUGAGUGAGAGUGAAUCGGAUGAUGAGGGCCCUGAACUUUUGCAGGUGACCAGGGUAGACCGGGCAAAUAUACUAGCAAGUGUUGCGUUUCCAACAGAGAUUAAGGUUGAUGUGUGCAGAAGAGUAAAUCUGGAUAUUACUACUUUAAUUACAUAUGUAUCAGCCCUCAGUUAUGGAGGCUGCCACUUUAUCUUCAAAGAAAAAGUGCUCACAGAACAAGCAGAGCAGGAGAGAAAAGAACAGGUUCUACCUCAGCUGGAGACAUUUAUGAAGGACAAGGAGUUGUUUGCUUGUGAAUCUGCCGUCAAGGAUUUUCAGUCUAUUCUAGAUACCUUAGGGGGACCUGGGGAGAGAGAGAGGGCCACUAUGCUAAUUAAGCGAAUCAGUGUGGUACCAGACCAGCCUUCUGAGCGUGCCUUGAGACUAGUGGCUAGUUCAAAAAUCAAUAGCCGCUCGUUAACUAUUUUUGGAACAGGAGACACCCUAAAAGCCAUCACAAUGACUGCAAAUAGUGGUUUUGUCAGAGCUGCUAACAACCAGGGCGUUAAGUUUAGUGUGUUUAUUCAUCAGCCCAGAGCACUUACUGAGAGCAAAGAGGCCCUUGCUACCCCUUUACCAAAAGACCACACAGCUGGCAGUGAAUACUAAUGUUAGCAUCUAAGUAUUCCCAUGAAAGUAAGUUAUCUUUGUACCAAAGGUUGGGUCUUUCCAUGUAAAUUGAGAGAAAAAAAAAAAAAGGUCUUUAGUGAGGAUAAUUACUUAGAACUCUUAAACUAGUAGAGUUUUUCUGUCUUAUCUAUAUUUAAAGUGUAUAUAAGCACCUAAAGUAGAAAAAGCGCAAGAGACAACUUUUCAAAUUUCUCAAAUUGUCUAUGUUACAGCAAUUAACAAAAUCACAUCUACGUAAAGCUUUUAGAUGUAUUGCAGUAGUUUAAUUUGAUUUGUUAGGGUUACAACUCCCCACCCCCACAAUAGAUAAUCACAUUUCAUGGAAUAUAGCUACACUGCAUCUUGCAUUAAAUAUCUGGAGAUAAUUCUCAAGCUUGUUUUUCAUUGUAUUGGUUUAUCAGUUGACGUGGGUUGAGGCUGGGAGAUAAUAGUUUAUAAUUAAAUAUAAGACUUGAAAGUUACAGCUGUUAUUAAUGAAGAGAAACUUGGUUGCUGUUUGUCGGGCACAAUCUGAUGGGUCUAUUUAUAAAGAGCACAUAGUGCAGAAAUGAAAAUAAAGUGAAUUCUGGUCAUGUGAGUCCCUUGAAUCUGGACACCUAUGUGAAAACAAAGCUAGCCAGGAAUCUUACUACUAUAAACUUCCUAAAACAGGCAAGGGAGAAGUAUUAAUUUGAAUAAAUUGAAGCAGUGACUUCUAUAAAACAUGUUAAAAGAAUUUAGAUUUCAUUUUUAAUACAACCAAUCCCUGUAUUGCAGUUAUUUGAAUUAUGAAUACUACCUUUCUUGUUCCUUUUACAAAUAGAAAGUAGCAUCUGCAUAUUACCUUGCUCGUGGAACGGCAGCAGGGGAGAUUCCAUGCCUGCUGCAUGACACAAGUUGUAAUUUCAAAUAAAUUUUAUGCCCAAUUUGCAGAUUUUAUUAAUUUGCAGCAAAACAAAAAUUAGCAAAGUAGAUAUGUAUUCACCACGUUUAAAAAACUGGGAAAUUGAUUCUUAGAUUAUUAGCUUAUGUUAAGUGUAGGAGCCAAUAUUAGAACUUGAUUUUGUGUCAUGAUAGCCUGAUCGCUUUUGGCUGUGCCAACUUCCCUGCUUUGUAAGAACGGAAAUCCUUUCCCGUCUACCAUCUACAAUGUUAUCAAGAAAGCAUAAAAAGGGAGCUGUAAGACCAAAGAGCACUGGUGGCACAGUGAUUAAUAAGAGUUUGGCUGCUAACCAAAAGGUUGACAGUUCAAAUCUACCAGCUGCUUCUUGGAAACCCUGUGGGGCAGUUGUACUCUGUUAUAGCAUCGGUAUGAGUUAGAAUUGACUCACUGGCGAUGGGUUUGGUUUGGUUAGGUAAGACCAAGAAAGAUAUAAAAUGACUUUGGAGAAGAUUGAUUAUAAGGAAAUAUACUACAUAAAAUACAUUAUUUUGAUAAGUUCGGAAAUCUCACUGAAACUUUUUUUGGAAAAAAGUUAGGAUUGAAGAAGAAAUAGAAAACCUAAAUAACCAAUAGUCAUUGCAAAAAUUGUUAAAUAAUUACCUCCAAAAUAUUUCUAGGCCCAGAUGGCUUUACUAAAUAAGAUGAUUCUUACUUUUAAAUACCAGAUCAUUCUCUUGCUCUGAAAAGUAGUAUAGAGCAUAACCCCAUAAGCGGGAUCCAAAAUAUUUAGCAUAGUAAAAUAUGAUGUUCCAUUUACCGCCCCCCUAGGCCUGAGAUUAGAGCUUUGGCUCACUCCUAUUUGAGAAUGGCCUGGGUAAGGACUGGAGCCGGUGAAUAUAUCUUAAUCCGUGUGAUAGCAGGAUGUGGUGUCGGGACAUUAGUGUAUUUGGAGUUACUUAAAGCUCAUUUUCUGGAUAAGCCUAACUCAUGCUAAAACCUAACAAGAUAGCAAACAGAAAGUUGCAGCAAAUUUUCAAUUUAAGGAUAUAUACACAAACAUCCCAGAAAAAUACUAAAAAAUUAAUUUCAGCAAUAUAUGAGUCAGAAUAGACUCAAUGGCAACCAGGUUUUUUUUUUCUUUUUUUUUUUUUGAUUACCAAGUUGUCAUAUCCCCAACCUUAAUAUUUGGGACUUGGACAUUAACCUUCAUUCUGGAAUAGAAUCAGAGGCCUACUUGAGGUAAGGAGGUAACCCCAAGACCCCUGUGUAAAACCAGAAACUGAAAGGCUGAAGCCCCAUGAAAUAGGAUUUUAUAAACUGCCUAGGGAGAGAGCAAGAAAGUUUGGUGGUUCUGAGUUGGAGGGUGAAGAAAUCAAAGCCCCCAGCCUGUGCCAUAUGUAGAUUUAGAGUCCAAAUUUUUGUUAAUUGCAUUGUGGAGGAGACUCGGGGAUGUGAAAUCAGUAUAAAAUUUGGUCCCAGGCAAGAACUACCCUCUGACACCUGGCAGAAACAUACACGGCAUCAUUCUGAACUUGGGGUACUUCAGUUUCCCAAGCCUCACAGCCUCCCACAGAAAAACUAAGCUUUGUUUAGAUGAAUUUACCGCAAGAAAUUAUGAAACCAUAUGAGGAAACCCAUAAAGAGUGGAAGAGUCAGCAACACAGAAAAGUGGUGCACCAGUUCCUCAAGAAUGUGAGAGAAUAGAAAAACCUGAUGAGUAGUAUAAAGUAAGAAUUGAGGUCUUUGAAGUCUCCAUAUAAUUAGAACUCAUCUUCCACACCUAUGUUCUGAAAUGAAAAAAUUCAAAGAAGAGGCAGAUACAGGCUACAAUACCAUCUGUAACAAAACAUCGAAUACAGACAAAUUGGAGGACUUGGAUUGUGUCUGCUGCAAUGGUGCUUCCUAGUGCUGAAUCCCAGAAUUGAGCAGACUACCCACCCGUGGGAGUCCAUGGGUGGUGCAAACAGUUACCACACUUCGCUGCUAACAAAAAGGUUGGAGGUUUGAGUCCACCCAGAGGCACCUCAGAAGAAAGGCCUGGUGAUCUACUUCUGAAAAAUCGGCCAUUAAUAACCCUAUGAAGGAUAGUUCUACUCUGAUAUACACGGGGUAGCCAUAAUUAGGGGUUGACGGCAACUGGUUUUUGCUGGUACCCGCCCAGUCACAGGUAUUGCUGGGGUGUGUGAAGGACAGAGCUUGUUCUAAAGAGUUGCACAGAACACCCCAGCCUGUGAGAAGUUUGUUCCCAAGAGGACAAAGGGCAGAACUGAGCCAAGCAUCCAGCCUUUCUUCUCAAAUUUAGGAAUUAAAUAAAUUACCUCCCAGAAGCAGAGAAGGGCCAGGAGUGGGCUGGGGGAGAAGAAUCCCCCAUCACAGAAACCAGAAUGGAAAAAGGCAUUUCCUUUUCUGCAUAAACAUAAAAUGAUGAAAGGAGAUAAAGGAAGGUGUAAACCCUUUGCUGUCAAGUCGGUUCUGGGUCAUAGUGACCCUAAAGGACAGAGUAGAACUGCCUCAUAGGGUUUCCAAGGAGUGGCUGAUGGAUUCGAACUGCUGACUUUUUGGUUAACAGCCAUAGCACCUAACCACUGUGCCAUUAGGGCUCCAAAGGAAGGUAUAAACCCAUUGCUGUCGAGUCGAUUCCAACUCAGCAACCCUAUAGGACAGGUUAGAACUGCCCCAUAAGGUUUCCGAAGAGCACCUGGCAGAUUUGAACUGCCAGCCAUUUGGUUAGCAGCUGUAGCACUUUAACUGCUAUGCCACCAGGGUUUCCAAAGGAAGGUACAGAAAACUUAAAAAACACUGUAUGCAAAUAGGACUUUUAGAAAUGGAAAAAAAGUCACUAAAAUUAAAUGAUCAGAAAUAAACUUUAAAGUAGAUCAGACAAAACUAAUGAGAGCAUUGCUGAACUGAAAUAUAAAACCCAUUCUAGAUCUUAAUAAAUUGCCCAGAAUUCAGCAAAGAAGUAAAAAAGAUGUAAAACAUGACAGAAGCUGAGACAGGAGGACAGAAUAAGAACGUCCAGCAAAGGUUGUGGCUGACAACACCAAACACCUGUUCCCAACUCUCCUGCCUGUACUAUAGAGGCUGGAAACGCUAAAAUUUCCAUUUCUCAAGUCCUGCAUUUAGCCAGAGGUGGCCAAAUUCCUUUCCAAUGGGACAAGUGGAAGUCUGUUAGUGCUACCUCCUCCUACCACCUACCUGAUUUUAAUGUGGACAACGAUGGCUGUGGCUUGCUACUAUUUUAUGACGAUGAAAGAAAAGCCAAGAGAAUCUCAUAGACGUUGGCACUGACACAUGCUUCCCUUUGGACUUCUUGCUAUGUGAGAAAAUAGAACCUUAUUCAUUCAAGACAUUGUUGUUGGGUUUUUCCAUUACAUGUAGCCGAAAAUAUUUCUAACUAAUUUUGAGGGUUUUUUUUUUUUUUUUGACCAAAAAAAGUAAACAGAAUGGGGGAGAGGCAAUAAAUAAGUUUUUCCAACAUAGGGAAAAAAAAAAAGACUGAAUACCCACGUGUCCAUCCGCUACGUUUAAAAAAAGUUUUAUUAUUUUGCCUUAUUUGCUUUAUCUGUUUUUUCCUAUGAAAUGUUAUAAACUACAGACAUUGUGGCACUUCAUCUAUAAAUACCUCAGUAAUCAGCUCUGAAAAGAACAUUUUUCUACACAACUAUGAUUCCAUGAGCAGAUCUAUUAUGGAUUCAGUUGUGCCCCCACCAAAAUACGCGUUGAAAUCCUAACCCCUGUACUGGUGGUGGCUUCCUAUUUGGAAAUAGAGUUUUUCUUUUGUUAUGUUAAUAAAGUUAUACUGAAGUAGGUUAGGACCUAAACUUAAUCACUUCUGAGAUAAAAAGAGCAGAAUAGGCACAGAUACGGGGGGAUGAAGAAGACGGACAGAUGCAUUUACAGACCCGGAACACUACGGAUUGCUGGAAGCCAUUAGAAGCUGAAAUAGACAAGAAAGGACCUCCCCUGGGAGCCACACCCUGAAUUUGGAUUUAUAGAAAUAAAUUUCUGUUCACUAAAGUUACCUAUUUGUGCUAUUUUUGCCUGGUAGCACUAGGCAACUUACCCAACACCUAACAAAAUAACUCUGAGCAUCAUAUAAUGCCCAGUCCAAAUGCACGUCAGGGGGCUUGUUGAACCAACAUCUGAUCAAACACCAGGCAUUGCAUUGGGUUUAAUGUUUCUUAAUUAUGUUCUUUUUUGGGUGGUGGUGUUCACAUCGAAAUAAACCUUUAUAUUUAAAUAAAAUUGAAAGGCAGGUGACAUAUGUGGGAAAAAUACUGUAUUUUUGACAGAUAAGGUCUAAUUUUAUUGCAUAAGGAGCUUUUACAAAUUAAAAAAAAAAAUUAUCCCAGUAGAAAAUGAGCAAAGAAUAUGGGUGAAUUGUUCAAAAGAGAGCAGAAAUACAAAUGUUCAGUGAAUGUGGAAAAAAAAAUUCAAACUCACUGGAAAGCAAGAUAAAUUUAAAUAAAAAUAAGACACCAUUUUUCCCCAUCAAACAUAGUGGAUAACAACAAAAAUCACUAUGUACCAGCACUGUUCUAAGUACAUUACCUAACUAAUCCUCCCAACAAUUCUGUAAGUAUGUCCUAUUGUUGCUAUUACUUUACAGAAGAACAAACUGAGGCGCGAGAAAGUAAGAUUACCUAGCAAAUAAAUGAAACCAGGAUUUAAACCCAGGGUCUUUGACUCUAAGAUUUCAGUGCUCUUUACUACCCUUUACUGCCUAGGAUUUCAAUAAAGUUAGGUUAUCUAGCAGCAGGCACUUUUAUAUACUGCUGGUAGGAAUAUAAAUUAGUAGACAUUUCUAUGGGACAGUUAAGCAAUAUAUUUGAAAAGUUUAACAUGUACAUAUCCUUU